UUUCAUUUGAGUUGGCGAAAAAGUAAGAUAGAGAUCGAUGGAGGGAAGUAUCCGGUGCUGUGCGAACUACGUUCCUGUCACUCCAAUCAGCUUCUUGGAGCGUGCCGCCGUGGCUUACCGUGACAACAUUUCUGUGGUCUUCGGCGACAUUACCUACACAUGGGCACAGACCCACCAACGCUGCAUUAAACUUGCUUCUUCCAUUUCUCAACUCGGUGUCUGUCUUUCUCCCCGCCAUGUGGUUGCUGUAUUGGCCCCCAAUGUUCCGGCUAUGUAUGAGUUACAUUUUGCUGUUCCCAUGUCUGGGGCUGUUCUCUGUACGCUAAACACGCGUCACGAUUCUGAAAUGGUUUCAACAUUGCUAAAACAGACCGAGGCCAAACUUGUUUUUGUUUAUUAUCAAUUACUUGAUAUUGCUCAAGCAGCACUUGAAAUCCUUUCAAAAACCACCACCACCACCACCACAAAGCUUCCCCUUUUGGUCUUAAUUUCGGAGUGUGGUCAUCCAUCACCUCCCCAUGCUAAAGGAACCUUGACAUACGAGGAUCUUAUAGCUAAAGGGACCCUUGAAUUCGAGGUGAGGAGGCCCAAGGAUGAAUUGGAUCCCAUCACAAUCAGUUCCACUUCUGGAACUACAGCAAACCCCAAGAGUGUAAUCUAUAGCCACAGAGGUGUCUAUCUUAAUGCUUUGGUUUCGAUUAUUCUUAACGAGAUGAGGUCCAUGCCGGUUUAUUUAUGGUGCGUUCCCAUGUUUCACUGCAAUGGUUGGUGCAUCCCUUGGAGCAUUGCUGCUCAGGGUGGAACUAAUGUGUGCCUAUCAAGUGUAACAGCUGAAGCGAUAUUCGACAACAUUUUUAGGCACAAGGUUACACACAUGGGGGGUGCACCAACAAUUUUAAACAUGAUAAUUAAUUCACCACUCCGGAAGCCGCUUUCCGGAAAGGUGGCAGUGAUGACCGGCGGCGCACCACCGCCUCCGGAUGUGAUAUUUAAGAUGGAAAAUUUAGGGUUUAAUGUGACUCAUGCAUAUGGCUCCACAGAAGCCUAUGGUCCAGCAGCAAUCAACGCAUGGAAACCAGAAUGGGACAAUCAGCCACGUGAUGCAAAGGCGAAACUCAAGACCCGUCAGGGAGUGCGCCACGUUGGAAUGGAAGACCUAGAUGUGAAAGAUCCUCACACAAUGAAGAGUGUACCAGCUGAUGCAAAAACCAUUGGUGAGGUGAUGUUCAGGGGAAACACUGUGAUGUGUGGAUAUCUGAAGAACCUGAAGGCAACACAAGAAGCAUUUAAAGGUGGAUGGUUUCGGAGUGGUGACAUGGGAGUGAAGCAUCCUGAUGGGUACAUAGAGCUCAGGGACCGAUCAAAGGACACGAUAAUCUGUGGGGGAGAAAGCGUUAGCUCCAUUGAACUGGAAGCAGUGAUUUUUAGUCACCCAGCAGUUUUUGAAGCUUCUGUUGUUGGGAGACCUGAUGAUUAUUGGGGAGAGACACCUUGUGCCUUUGUGAAGCUCAAGGAGGGGUGCAGUGCUACAGCAGAUGAGAUAAUCCUAUUUUGUCAGAAUCGUUUGCCUCCCUUUAUGGCUCCUCGGACUGUGCUUUUUGCUGAUCUGCCAAAGACUUCAACUGGCAAGACACAGAAAUUUCUUCUGAGGGAGAAGGCAAAGGCCAUGGGGAGUUUCUUUAAGAAAAACAUUAGCAGCUUAUAAUUAAAGCGCAUUUAGUUUCAAAUUUUAAUGCUUUUAGGGGGAAAAAAAAAUCAACGGUAACCCUAUGAUAUAGAUAUGGAGAGAAAAAGAGAAAUAUAAACAUGACAUGUCGUAUAAAAUAAAAUAAAAAGGAUAUAAAAAUAAAUAAUAAGUGUUAACAGGGUCCAUAAAAAAUGAGUUUCUAAAAUGGCAGAAAUAUGUGAAAUAAGAGUCUAAACCAGCUGAUAUGUCCCCCCCUGCAA